AUCCUCCUCCUCCUUCUCUUCUUCCUCCUCCUCUUCCUCCUCCUCGUCGUCGUGCUGCCGCAGCAGCAGCAGCAGCAGCAGCAACCGACGCGGUGAGUGAGUGCGUCCUGCAGCAGCGGCAGCCGCAGCAGCAGGACGUGGUGAUACCUGAUUCCCGAGUGAAACCCCGCAAAUACCGAUGGCUUCAUGCGUAAACAUUUCGGCGUAUGUAUCGAAAUGUACCAAUCAACUGGACAGUUUUUCACUUAUUGAGUCCUUAAUGUCGCUGUGAAACCAAGGAACAGAUUCCAGAGAUUCCCUUCAAGUACCAAUCCACAUUUUAGGACAAACCGAUACUGUUGAGCCAUUUGGACACACGCUCUUCAUCAGGCAUGAUGAGAGGCUACUUGUUCACUGCAAUUUUGUUCCUGCACUUGGUCACCUCAGAGUCUGGGCACUGCAUUAUAAAGCGUGAUCAUGAGAAAUGCAUGGAAAUGAUAGAAAUGCACAACCCAGAUGACAUUGAAUUAGUGUGUCCUUGGAUGUGGGACAACUUGACCUGCUGGCAGGCUGCCGAGGUCGGUGAGGUUGUAACGGUCAAAUGUCCUGAGUUCCUGCAUGAUUUCAUGACACCUGAAGAAGAAAUUGGGAGGGUAAGUCGAAACUGUACAGAGUAUGGCUGGUCUGAGCCUUAUCCUCACUAUGUGGACAUCUGCCUUUUUGACGACAACACGACCAAACAUGAUUAUUUUGCAUCGGUUAAAGCCCUGUAUACGGUCGGGUACAGCACCUCACUGGUCUCUUUAACCACAGCCAUGGUCAUUCUCUGCAGAUUCAGGAAGCUGCACUGCACCAGAAACUUCAUUCACAUGAACCUGUUUGUGUCCUUCAUCCUGAGAGCCAUCUCCGUCUUCAUCAAGGACGGUGUGCUGUACCCUAAGGAAGACAACGAAAACUGCUUCAUGCACACAGUGGCGUGUAAAGCAGUGAUGAUAUUUUUCCAUUACUGUGUCAUGUCCAACUAUUUCUGGCUUUUCAUCGAGGGUUUGUAUCUCUUUACUCUGCUGGUUGAGACCUUCUUCCCUGAGAGACGCUAUUUCUACUGGUACACCAUUGUGGGGUGGGGAACUCCAACUAUAUGUGUGACUGUCUGGGCCGUUCUGAGGCUUCAUUUUCAUGACACAGGAUGCUGGGAAACAAAUGAGCACACUGCCCUCUGGUGGGUGAUUAAAGGACCAGUUAUUGCUUCAAUAAUGAUUAAUUUUGUUCUCUUCAUUGGGAUCAUCAUCAUCUUGGUCCAAAAACUCCAGUCCCCUGAUAUUGGAGGAAAUGAGUCCAGCAUUUAUCUCAGCUGUGCUCAGAAAUGCUUCAGUGAGCCCACACAGGCUGUUCAGCAUUCGUGCAGGAUGUCAGAGUUAUCCACCAUUACACUGCGUCUGGCACGCUCCACUCUCCUUCUCAUACCCCUGUUUGGUAUUCACUACACUGUAUUCGCCUUCUCGCCUGAGGAUGUCAGCAAGAGGGAGAGGCUUGUCUUUGAGCUGGGCCUCGGAUCCUUUCAGGGAUUUGUGGUUGCUGUUCUCUACUGUUUCCUCAAUGGAGAGUUUCUCCCUGAAGGUGCAGUCGGAGAUCAAGAGGAAAUGGCGCAGCUGGACGGUGAACCGGUACUUUGCUGUGGACCUGAAGCAGCAGAGGCACCCUUCGUUGGCCAGCAGUGGGGUGAACGGCGGGACUCAGCUGUCGAUCCUCAGCAAGAGCAGCUCACAGAUACGCAUGUCCAGCCCGCUGGCGGAGAACGCCAACAUCAGCCUGCCAACCUGAGCGUCUGAUAGUCCAGAGCCGACUUCAAGGUGCCGUUCCACUUACGUUAGACCAACCAGAGCAGACCAAAGUGGCCCCUUGUAAUUCUUAUAUUUUCUACUUUAUGAAAAGGGAAAGCAUUUUACUAGAGAUGAUCAGUUUUAUUUGGGUGUACAAUGAAAUAGAAAUAUUUAUUUAUAAAAAAAAAAAAAAAACUUGAUGGUAAUUUUUUUUAUUAUUGUCACAGUACAUUAUCAUUUUAGAUAAAUAAAGUUAGAUUUAAAUUCCCUAUAAGCAAACCAUUCUUAGAAAUGUAAGCAAAUAAAGAUUAUAUGCCAUAAGAAAGACGUUAAUUUUCUGAAACAUUUUAAGAAAGUGAUUCUUUAAUAUUAAAUAUUUGGGGGUCACAUUUGAUCUGUUUGUGAAUACUAACUGUGCUUCAAAGUGCCAUACAGUUCACCUGACUGGAUAUCACUAUAGUCCAAAGGUUUGAAAAAAAACAUAACCAAAAGCUCGCCUUGCUUGUACAAACGCUCAACGUUCAUAUGUAAAUGUUUCAUCUUGAAUUUAAACAUGUUCCUACAAUCAGCCGUAAGUACAGAGUAUGUCAAAAACACUCAUGUGUAAAUAGUUACUUUUAGUGUCUAGAUUAGAUUGAUCUCUUUAGCUACAGUGUAUUGUAAAGACCUUUUCAAACAAAAGGAACUGGAGCCCAAAUCUGUAGAUACUGUCAUGUAUGAAGGGGCCCCAGUGGUUCAUGCUUUCUCUAGUCUGGUUUUCCUUUAUACAAAAUAAGAAAGGGAAACAUGUAAUCUAUAAGCUCAGAGAGCAGCAAUUGCCAACUUUUUAAAAAAUAAAACCUGUUUUUGUUUUACCCUUCAAAGUGGAUGAUUGAGACAGAGGUGUUCUGGUCAAUCUAUGUCAUUCUACAUUUUGUACAUUUGCAGUUUUUGUCAUUUCUUACCCAACCUUUAUAAGUGAAAAAAAUGUGUUAUCUGCCAGAGGACAUGGUGCACUGGCCAAGCGUGAAAAUAAUAAAUAAUCACGCUUUGAGAGCUGAUUAUUUAAACUGAUGUUCUAUAAUCUGAUUAUUAUCAACUCUAAGGAAAUGUGGUUAUCUACCAACAGGAUGUUACUCAGUUAUUUUGAUUUUAUUAAUGCUUACAAUAUUUCAAGUUUCAUAGUUAGGGAUUAGAACCAACAGAAAUGGGAAUUGAGGGUUAAAUUAUGAGAUCUGAGCAUUUAUAAUAAUUUAUCAUAAAACUUAAUGAGAACACAUACUUGCAACAAAAAAAUUAUCUGCUGCAGGACUGUCAAAGUGCAUCGCUAUGAAAUGUCUUAUGGUAUAAAAUGGAAGGGAAGAAAUGGUACUGCAUUUGUUCAAAUAGGCGAAGGAAAAGUGGGGCAUUCAGCGAGUUUUUACCACCACAAAUUUCAACAAACCCAAGAUGUGUUGUCUGUGAACAUGAGCAGUUUGUGCCAAUGUUUGUCUCCAAGCGUACCUUCACCAUGCCAUGAUUCCAUAAGUGCUGCAUUUCAUUAUGGGUGGUCAUCCUUACUCUGUGCUCAUCGACUGAGCUUAAGCCCAUUGUGCCGCCUUUAAGCAGCUCCUUGUGCAGUUUGAUUAGACACCUCCUUUUCCAAAGUGCCUACUCAUACAAAUAGCUAUCACUUUAAUUAUCAGUGACCACAUGAUUUAACGGAGUUAUUUUGUGCAAAGACUGAAUAAUGUGGUGGCUUUAUUGUGGGUAGCAUGCUUUUUGACAAUACGUCUCUGGUAGUUGAAUAGUUUGCAAUUUAUUAAAAGAGUUUAGCCUUUUUUCUCAUGAAGUGCAAAAUAAAAUGAGGAUAUAGUUGAACAUCUUUAACGAGAUUAAUUGAGGUGUCAAUUUUGCAUCUACCACACAUUUUGAAUUUCUGUGCCAGUACCAUCACAUGUCUGACUUCAACAUUAAUGUUGUCAGUGAUCAACAAAGGCUUUAAUUUACUCGCUGCUGACAAUCGCGUUUACAUGUUGCUCUAUGUCCUUUUUUUGUGGUCAAACUAGCUAAAAAGUCAUUACUGUACACAUUGAAACCAUGUCAAAUUAAAAUGCGAAAGGGUGUACAUAGGAGUUUUCCACCAUAUUUUUAAUUUAGAUGUUCAUUUCUUGUCAUACAAGCAGAUUAUAAGAUUGUUGUAUCUUUAAAUGAUGAUUUAUGAUACGCGGAACAGCUAUGGAUGUAUAUUUAUUUUCCAAUGAUUAUGCGCUAUGUAACAUAUCGACUUGUACAGCUUACAAAUUGUUUUGUCUGUAACGUAAAUGUCUGAUUUUAUUACACUAACUGAUGCAGACUUGGUCAAAGUGCCAUAUAGAUUGUGUCCCUACAUGAGAUUAUAAGGUGAGAUUUGUGGCAAAAGAUUUUGUUUCUUCUGACUACAUGGAGAAAAACCACAAUUUAUUGUGCAGAAAAAUAGUGUCUAAAAUGGCUUUAUAAAAAAAAUCAUGAAGCUAGAAUUUUCUUUAUUGUGUGGCAGUCAAAGUAUGUACAUAGAGGAAAAAUUUGACCGCUGCAACAGUUGUGUUUGAGCGUGUGAUUAAAAACCACUCUGCUGCUUACGUGUUUCUGUCACCAGCAUUCUGAGCCUGAACCUCAGAAAGAAACGACCAUGUUUUAAUGCUGUUACUGUUUGAGAGAAAAAAAAAGAAGAGUUGAAAACUCCUUACAUGACCACAUAUGUGCUGUGUAUUUGUCCACCACUAGAUGGAAGCAAAACUUUGUAACAGACGAGAGAGCGCGGAAGGAAAGCUUUUUAUUAUUUAUUGAUUUCAUAGGCUUUGUUUUAUGAAUUUGCAGGACGAAUGUUGAAAAAGAGGGAUAAUGACUAUAUUUGUAUCAUUAUUAACAAAAUUUCUUAUUUCCUAUUUGACAUGAAUUGUCAGACAAGCCAUGUGAGCCUAAUUAAUGUUGAUUAUGUAAUGUUUAGCAGCACUGUAAAGGCUAUUCCAAACUUCAGCUAAAAUCAUUCAUAUUCAUUUCUAUUGCUUCAGAGCAAGGUAAAGGAAAUCUCAGCCUCUAAAGCAAUAGAUUUACAGUUACACUUGAAGAGUUAUACUUUGUUCUUUGUGACAAGUUUAUAUGAUAAUUAAACAGAACUGUGUAUAUUAUCUAACUACAUAAUAUUUAGAGAACAUUUUGUUUGUACCUUAAUAAUAACAUUCCAUUAGAAAUUUUUAGCAACCACUUAAAAUAUGUUUACAACUGAAUUAACCUUUUUCUCUGAGGUAAAUGAGCUUGCUAACUCCUUUUAGAUUGAGAUGUGGAAUAGAUAGGCUGUUCAACAUGAACAUAGUUGGUAAACUCAGCAUUUUUCUCCAAAACAAAAUACAUAUUGAACACUUAUUUUCCCAUUAAGCUCAACAGCCCCAAUUAAAAAGCUUCUCCAUCUUGUGUUCUGUGAAAGAAUUGAUAUGGAGAGAGGAGUUGAGAUGGAUCAGCCUCACUAUGUUCCAACUCUGCUUCCAAAGUGAGGUACUUACAGCCCCAACAAGCUGACCUGGACAGGGGAUUGAAGUUGUGAUUAAUGCUUUGUGCGCCCAGUCAGAUGUGAGAUUUAAAAGUGUAAUUAAGGCCCAGAAAUCCCUAUUUGAGCUUCUGUUUCUAAUAAAAAAAAAUUCUAAUAUUUACAAAAGAUAUUAGACUCUAAAAAAGCUCCAAAACUCUCCAAAAAAAAAAAAAGAGUAGUCUACCUAGAAAAUCAAGUGUCAUACUAAGUUACAUGGGAUAUAUUGGUAUUUCUAGAGGUAGCAGCUAACUCUAGUCUGGAUAGUAUUGACCCUUUACAGCUACGUCACUUAAUCAAGUAGUUGGUCGUGGCUUGCAGGCAGCAGUAUCUACAAAAUUUGGCAAAGCUCACUCAAAAACCAACGCAUAUCGUUUCCAUUCUGACUGCUGUGUUGGUUUGACCAGUUUGCCAACUUUGCCUGAAUUUGCACCACAUGAUUUAUAUCUCGAUGUCAUAAAUUGUGUUUUUUCUUGUACCAGAGCAGACUUAAAAGCAUAGUAAAGACUAGAUGCUUGUUAGUUUUAUCAUACAUGAUAGGUUCCAUGAUGGUGGGGCAUUUUCUCUAAUGAUUAGAUGCAUACCUUCUCCAUAAUGCAAUAUUUUACUGCAUCUCACUGAACUUACUUCUGAAGUACAUGAACAUUAAUCAUUUUACCUUGUAAAAGGUGCUUACUGCAAAACCACUAAUACGCCGAGGGCUGCUAUACAUCUCCAUCAUUUUUUCCCCAUCGAAAGGUUUACAAUAAAAUGUCAAGUUUGGUUAGCAUCCUUGUCUUUGUGCAACUGACCACAUAGCACCCCAAAUCAACUAAAUAAAAGUAAUAUUAGUCUACUAACCAAGAGAGUUUCUUUCUGGAGAGCGGGACAUCACAUGCAAAGGGUUAAUAGCCAUACUUGAUAAGUUCAGCUCUUAGCUAUUCUAGCCUAGUUUCCAAGCAUAUUGAUAGCAAAGCAUUACUAAUCAUUAGACUGUAGAUAAGUGAUUACAUUUUAAGCAAUUGGUGUACACUUCAUAGCUUUAAAAUGUACACUAAGAAUGUCAAGAUUUAUGCCGAUCUUUCAGAGUGAAUCAUACUUACCAAAAAUGCUACCCAUCCUUACUUCAAGAACUUUUUGUACAUCAUAAACAUCAAAUCCAGUAUCGUUGAGAGCCCUGAGUUUAAAGCUGAAAUCAACAUAUCAGCACAUUUUCUCCUUUAAAAAGCUAGUUUCUGGCUAGCUGGUCAUAUGUAAGCAAUUUUUGAAUAGCUGGUAGCUUAUGAAUCCUAACUUCACUUUUCUGUCAUUUGCAGUUCAAGUACUAGACCACCAUCUGAAUCUCACUAAAAUAUGACUGUAAUUGCAAAAAUGUAAAAUCUUUUUUGAACUGUGUUUUGUGAUGCAUCUCUGUGUUAACAUGCAGUUUCAACUGUUAUGGUCUGCUGAGCCAGUUUGGUCAAGUGUGUGUGAGUUUUACUGAUUGUCAAUGAAUUUUUGAAUGUAGAGUUAUUGCUUCUCAGCUGCUCUUAGAUGUUCCCUGCUAUCAAUUUGCUCUGGUGUACAAAUGAUGUCUUUUCUCUAUCAUGAAUAGUGUGUAUUUUUGCCAUACAGGUGGACUUCUUGACUAAAAUCUACAAUGUUUGUGACAGUGUUUUUGUAAAGUUGUUUAUGGUCCAGUUUUAAGAGUGUAUGCGGAUGACUGGAAAUUUGAGAGAAUGUAUUCUGUAUGCAUGUAUACGUAAUGACAAGCAUUCAAAAGAAUUUAAACUUAGAUGUUGAGAAACAAUGUAGAAACUUUCACCUUGUGUUCAACCUGUAAUACUGAGUCACGUAUAAAUGUUCUGAUGUCCAACAUCCACGUCUACUUGUGUGAACUAACUGCAAAAUAAAUCUGUGGUAUGUUGUUGUACUUUCCAAA